AUGGACAACAGUCUGGACAACAGUCUCCCAACAGAGUUUGAUGUGAUUGUAAUAGGGACAGGUUUGCCUGAAUCCAUCCUUGCAGCUGCAUGUUCCAGAAGUGGUCAGAGGGUUCUGCAUCUUGAUUCAAGAAGUUACUAUGGAGGAAACUGGGCUAGUUUCAGCUUUUCAGGAUUGCUCUCCUGGUUGAAGGAAUAUCAGCAAAACAGUGACAUUGGGGAAGAAAGUACUGCUGCAUGGCAAGACAUGAUCCAUGAAACAGAAGAAGGCAUCACUCUUUGCAAGAAGGAUGAAACCAUUCAACACACAGAAGUUUUUUGUUAUGCCAGUCAGGAUAUGGAAGACAAUAUUGAAGAGACUGAUGAUCUGCAGAAAAAUCCUUCCUGCGUAGCAUCUAGUACCCUCAUUAAACCUCUGGAUUCUGCAUGCUUGUCUGAAGAAAUGCACUCAUUAUAUGUUUCUAGCUAUGAAGUGCCUGCAAAAGGCACUCCAGAAAACAAUGGAGAAGUAACUGAUAUAGCAGAAAUCUUGGUGAAAGAAGAAUAUUGUGGAUAUAAAACUUAUAAACACAGAGUUUCAGAUGGUGCCAAAGACGAAAUCAAACCUAUAUUGGAAGACAACAGUGAUCCACCAAAGAGAAACAGGAUUACUUACUCUCAAAUAGUUGAAGAAGGCAGGAGGUUUAACAUUGAUUUGGUAUCAAAGCUGCUUUAUUCCCAAGGACUGUUAAUUGAUCUUUUAAUCAAAUCAAAUGUUAGUCGUUAUGCAGAAUUUAAAAAUGUCACUAGGAUUCUUGCAUUUCGAGAAGGAAAAGUAGAGCAGGUGCCUUGCUCCAGAGCAGAUAUCUUUAACAGCAAAGAGCUCACUAUGGUUGAAAAGAGGAUGCUAAUGAAAUUUCUUACCUUUUGUUUAGACUACGAACAACAUCCUGAUGAAUACCAAGCUUUCACGCAAUGCUCAUUCUCAGAGUACUUAAAAACCAAAAAAUUAACCCCCAGCCUCCAACAUUUUGUACUACACUCAAUUGCAAUGAUGUCAGAGUCAUCUUGCACAACAAUAGAAGGCCUUAAAGCAACAAAAAACUUUCUUCAGUGUCUUGGAAGGUUUGGCAACACUCCCUUUUUAUUUCCGUUGUAUGGCCAAGGAGAAAUUCCCCAGUGUUUCUGCAGGAUGUGUGCAGUUUUUGGUGGAAUAUAUUGUCUUCGCCAUAAAGUACAAUGCCUUGUAGUUGACAAAGAAUCUGGAAGAUGUAAAGCAAUUAUAGAUCACCUUGGUCAAAGAAUAAAUGCUAAAUAUUUCAUUGUGGAGGAUAGUUACCUUUCUGAGGAAACAUGCUCAAAUGUGCAGUACAAACAGAUCUCCAGGGCAGUGCUCAUUACGGAUCAGUCUAUACUAAAGACAGAUUCAGAUCAGCAGAUUUCCAUUUUGAUAGUACCUCCAGUGGAACCAGGAGCAUGUGCUGUUCGAGUCACUGAAUUGUGUUCUUCAACCAUGACGUGCAUGAAAGACACCUGUCUGGUACAUCUGACCUGUUCAUCUUCCAAAACAGCAAGAGAAGACUUAGAAUCAGUGGUGAAGAAAUUAUUCACCCCAUAUGCUGAAACAGAAAUAGACAAGGAAGAACUUGCAAAGCCAAGACUCUUGUGGGCUCUUUACUUUAACAUGAGAGAUUCCUCAGGAGUCAGCAGAAGCUCAUAUAAUGGCUUACCUUCCAAUGUUUAUGUCUGCACUGGGCCUGACUGUGGACUAGGGAAUGAACAUGCAGUCAAGCAAGCUGAAACACUCUUCAACGAGAUCUUUCCAAGUGAAGAAUUCUGCCCCCCACCUCCAAACCCAGAAGACGUUUUCUUUGAUGGUGAUGAUAAGCAACCAGAGCCUCUUGGAGCCAAUACUAUAAUAAUAGCCCAACCAGAAUCCUCUGAGGGAAGCAAAAACCUAGAAAGCUCAGAGAAGCACCUUCAAAAUUAGAAAAAAGCAAACUGGAAUUGCUACUUUGGGCCUUCAUCCAGUAUCAGAAUAUUCUCAUUUAAAGGACAGUUUCCUAUAUGAGUAAUUAGAAGUGGUUAUUUGAUGAAUGCCGUGCAGAUGUUGUCUAUAAUUCUCUUUGUGACUUUCAGUUAUUGGAUGCAUUUGUUAACCUAUCAAUAACUGAUUUAUUGGUUAUUGGACUUCUUGUUGUUUCAGAAUGGGCUCCAUGAGCCAGAAGCUUAAACAGGGUUAGCUUUAUUUUAGUACUGGGUAUAUAUGUGAGGGUUCCAUAUUAGCCAUGGUACUUAAAGGAAGAUGGUAUUGUAUCUGCUGAUCUUCAGAUUUUAUUAUUGUCUACAGAACAAUAACAUCUAAGGAAUAUUUUAAUUAUUUUUGUAGCUAUUACAGUUGCUACCACCUCUGAAUAGAGAAACACAGAGGAAAUUAUGUGGGUCUUUUGUUUAUAAUAUAAACAUAUUAAGUAUGAUCCUUUAUUUGUGAAGGUGAUGUUUACAGUACAUCUUGCAGUUUAAUUCUCCUACUUGGCCCUUGUAACCAAUGAGGCAGUGACGCCACCACAGUCUUAUACAUUGCAAAAAGAGUCAGAGAGUUCAUUUAGUAGUUGAAGAGCUCAUUCUUGGGAGGUUCAGUCCAAAGAAAAUCUAGGGGAAAAGAUUGGUUCUGGUUUAAUACUUCAGAAAAUUUCUGAAGAGCACUGCUCUGGCACCUAAAAGAAAAGAACUUCUAAGUAACUCAGGUUAAAGAAAAAAAUAAAUUGCUCCAGGAAAAGAUAUUUCAGAAUGCUUGUUCUGAAAUUGCUAAGGAGAAACUGAGUGAAGCAUUUUUAACCUGGGAUUACAGAUGGUUUUUAAAAUCCAUCUGUAAAUAGAUUUCCCAAAGUUUCUCAGUGAAAGUGAAGCAUACAAUCUUGUUGGCUCCACCACUUUAAUUAGUAACACUACAAUUGAUAGGAGUGAAUCAAAGGAGGGUUACCAUGUCCCUUUGGUUGUGUCCCACCCCACAAAUAAUGAGGUAAAUGCCUUCAUAAUCAACUCCUGCCUCUUAGCUGUUAUCUAGAGGAUAGAAAACAUUUUUUUCCAGAACUACCAGAAGUCAUAAAGCUGGUUAUACUCUAGCAGCAGAAGCUUGUGGAGCUGUCAGAAGAAAUAAACUUCCUUCCCUUUAGGUCACUGUUUCCAUUUCUCAGACAGAGAAUGAUAAUCCUAUAGGAAGGAUUUAGGAAGGGAUAAAAAAGGAUAUAGGAAGCCCUUUUAAUUACAGUUUUUGUCCUGGAACAGAGUAUUUGCUAUGUGCUAGGCACUUACUGUGCUCUCUAAUUACAGUUUCUCAACAACCCUGUGAGGCAGAUAUUGAAUACAUUUUCAAAGAGGAAAUAAAGACUUAUUAAUUCUCUCUGAGUCUGGUUUGUGGAAGAGCCAACAUUGGAAUCCAGGCUUUCAUGAUUUCAAAAUCUUUCAACUGAUGUUAACUGUUAGAAGAGUGUAGGUACUGUAGGAGAAGAAAAAGAUGCUCAUGAAAACCAGUCUAGGGCUUCCCUGGUGGCGCAGUGGUUGGGAGUCCGCCUGCCAGUACAGGGGACGCGGGUUCGUGCCCCGGUCCGGGAAGAUCCCACAUGCCGCGGAGCGGCUGGGCCCGUGAGCCGUGGCCGCUGGGCCUGCGCGUCCGGAGCCUGUGCUCCGCAACGGGAGAGGCCACAACAGUGAGAGGCCUGCGUACCGGAAAAAAAAAAAAAAAAAAAAAAAAAAAAAACCCGGUCUAGCGUUGCUAGUGAAUCAAAGUAGACAGACAUCUCUUGGCUUAUUAUGGAGUCAGAGAAAUAUGAAAAUAAAGAUUAAUUAAAAAUAAAUAUGACUUAGAGCUAUGGAUCUCAUUGAAGCAGAAUUUGUCUAAGUUUUAACAAAGUCAUACUUUUUAAUGUAUCUUUUGAUUUUUGUGUUAUAAAAAGUAAUGUUACUAGGCCAAAAUAUGCUUUGAAUAGUCUUUUGUUGAUCUUCUAUAUGUGAGGAAAAUGAAACAGGAAAUAUUUAAGUAAUUUUCAGCUUACUGAAGUAGAGAAGUCAUGAAUUGGUAUUAAUAUAUAUGUUUUGAAUCUAGCAGAUCUAUUAUUGGGUGGAUUCUAAGGCUUAAACUUAUCAAAACAACUGAAAUGUCUGAAAUAGACCUAAAAAUUAGUUAUUAAAAUGUAAAAGAAUUUAAGAUGUUAAGUGAAAUGGAGGUGAAGGUAAUCCAGACCUAUUGAAAAAAUUUUAAUUUCCAUAUCAUAAAUAUUUUUAUUCAUAAGAAUUUGAGAAGGGCAACGAGAAGUUGCAAAAAACGAUAGAACCAAAGAUAAUGGAAACAGGAAAAUGUUAGAUUAAAUAAAAUAAGGGUUUUAAAAACUAAGAAAAUGAAUAUAUUGGUUUCCUACUUAAAUGCAAAUAAAUUGGAAAUGAAAAAAGUUAUUACCAAUAAAAAGCAUUUUAAAAAUUAGAGGAUAUUAUAACCUAGUAUAAUUUUCUGACAAGUUGGAAUUUUACCCUUAUGGGCUUAUUGGUGAACUUGUUCAAAUGUUCAAAGUAUAAAUAAUAUCUGUGUAUCAAAAGAUGAUAUAAUAUUUGCAUUUUUAGGUUAAUAUUGCCUCAAUGUUAGGAGUCAAACAUUUUGAAAAGGGUCUCAUUCUGAACAAAUGCAAAAUAUUAGCAAAUGAUACACAACAUAAAAAUAAUUAUUUACUGUGACUCAGGAUUAUAAGGUUGGUGUUCAACAGAAUAACCAUUAAAUCAAUAUCAACAGAACAAAACAGUAAAAACGCAAAGUAUUAACUACAGCUAACUUUAAAAAUAUUAAUAAAAUUCAUCAUUUUUUAUUUAAUUAUCUCUGGUAAUGAUUUUUUUGGUUUCUCAUUGUGAUAAGUAAUUACUUAAAACCAAGAGCUAACAUCAUUCCUAUUAGGAAAACAUAUAGGAAACAUUUCUCAAGCAGAAAUUAAAUAAUCUUGGCACUACUUUUAUUUAUAUAUGGUUGAAAAAGCUCGUCAUUGUAAUAAAUCAUUAAUAAGCAUUCAUAAAUGAGAAAGAUAAAGAAAGAACAAAUAUUUUCUAUUGACAUGGCUUUUAAACUAGUGAAACCUGUAGUAUCAUAAACAUGCUGACAAUAAAAGACUAAUUCAGGAAGUUGCAGGAUAUAUAACUUUUUAAAAUUAAUCUUAUUUCUAGAUUCAAACAGUGACAAACUACAACUUAAAGUGUUUGGGUAUUAACAUAUACAAGCCAUUUAAAGAAAGUUAUACAACUAUAUUGAGAUAAGAAAGAUGCUUAUAAAGAAGCAGGUUACAGGAACUGCAUCCUAGUAUAAUGAAAAGGAAGUAAAUAGGAAAUCUGAAAACCAAAAUUAGAGUCCUCACUUUACUACUUAUAAGUUGUGUAAUCUUGGGAAAAUCAUGCCUACUUUCCAUUUCACCAUCUAUAAAAUAGAAAUACCGCUUUGCAGAAUUAUUAUGAGGAUUAAAUUAAUGUAAAAGAAAUUAUGUCCAAAGGACUGGCAAUAGGGUGAAGUUAGUAUGUAGAUUUACUACACUUCCACUUAACGUUCCAACUGGAUGCUUUAUAUAAUUUGACAGAAUUGUGAUAAAUAAUUUAGGAAAAUAAGCAAGGAUAUGUCUUUUUAACUUAGGGGGAAAAAGGGAGUUUCGCACUUCAGAUCGUUAAAACAUGCUGUUAAACAUCUUUUCUAAAUACACUAUGGUACUGAGUAGAAAGUUUAAGACUAAUAAACCAGUUGGAAAGAAAUAUAUAAUAACUGCUGGUGGAACGAUUAGCUGGAUGCCAGUAUAAAAAAAGAAAUUAGAUCCACUUCACACAUAACAGUUUGUUACAGAUUAAGAUCUUCAGUAUAAAGAUGAAAAUAGGGCUUCCCUGGUGGCACAGUGGUUGGGAGUCCGCCUGCCAAUGCAGGGGACACGGGUUCGUGCCCUGGUCCGGGAGGAUGCCUCAUGCCGCGGAGCGGCUGGGCCCGUGAGCCAUGGCCGCUGGGCCUGUGCGUCCGGAGCCUGUGCUCCACAACGGGAGAGGCCGCAACAGUGAGACGCCUGCGUACCAAAAAAAAAAAAAAAAAAGGUAAAAAUAAAAAGACUACAAUUCUCAUCCCAAUAAUUUUGCAAAGGAAACUUUAUAGCAAAGAAAAAUAGUGACAAGGUAGAUGAGAUCAACUAAGAAAAAUGAAAAAUGUGUACUAAAUAGGAAGAAGACAAAAGAAAUGGGGUAAAAGCCACUUGCAUUACACAAGGAUAAAGUACUCAAUAUUUUUUAAAAGGUAAGUGCAAAUCCAUAGGACUUUGUGCUCUUUACUAGGCAAGUUUAUGAAAGAAUUGAGUUCAAACGAGAAGAUAGAAAUAAAAUGGUAUUCAGAUUUACUAAUAUUAAAAAUGCAAACUAGAGCAACUUUGACUUAGUUCAUGCAAUUAUAUUAGCAAAAAAAUUUUAAUUGCAUGUAUCCUCAUACCAGUAGCAUUAUUAUAUUAACGUAGUUUUUUUGAAGAACUAUUUAGAAGAAUAUAAUAAGAACUCUAUAACCAAUCUGUCUUUUGAUAGCUCUAACUCACUCUGAGUAGCAUAUGCCCAGGAAAAUAUUUUAAAAGAAAAAAAAAAGUCUAUUUGUAUAAAGAUAUUUCUAGUGAUUACAUUCAUUUGAGUUUUUAAAAAAAGCCCAGUAAUUGGGAACUGGAUAAGUAAAUUUUCAUGUAUUGCUAUUGCUAUCAUAGACUGUUAUAUAGCCAUUAAAUAGUAUUGAUAUAUGUAAAACCAUAUGGGAAAAUGUUUAAAUGAGACUUGAAAGUGUUAAAACAAAUUAUUGUAUUUACUGAUUGUAUUUGUGUAAAAAUUUAGGUCUAUACAUUGGAAAGAAUCUGAAGACAACAUUGUAAUUAGUUUAAGAAGUUCUUUUUUCUAUAAAAUACUGAUGUGUGAAAUAAAAAAUAAAAGAUUAAUUGGUAA